AUGGACGGCCAUUCAAAACCUCUUGCCAGAGUACUGGCGCCUUUUCUCGCCAGUCUCCUCUUUUUUACCAUAGCAGCGCUAGCGCGGACGUCCAUCGCCGCCGCAGGCAUCGUUGAAGCUGUCACAGAGAGAGGACUACCAAGCGAGGAGACAGUUAGCCCUGUCAUAUCUCCAAGGGAGGGAACCUCCAUACCACCCUCAGCAGUAGCUGCUGCUCCAGAGCCAGCACUACUGCGCCUCUCACCAACACGCUUACAGAAGAACAUCAUUGUUGGAGAGUACACCUCAGUCGACCAUUUUCUUAAAAAAGAACGCGAUGACGGAGACCUCCCUGGAUAUUUUGCCACUGUCUCCGGUCUGGCGUGCCGGGCCGCAGUCGAAAGCUUUCUUCGUGCUUACAAAGAAACGCGAUUCGCUGAGGAGUCUCUAGCACCUAACGGAGGCGUGGAACAGCACAGGGCGACAUGGAUAAGUGACCUCCUCCCUUCUACUAGGGUCAAAAGAAAAUUUUCGCUCAUGAAGCAGCAAGGCCGUAUAUUCCUGACUGAUGUCAGAUUGAUGAACAUAAUCUUCCACAUCAAGGCAGUCACCGCCCGGCUUCUGAGGGGCUGGUCGGGACAGCGACUGUUCAAGAAUCAGGCAGCGAGCUUUGGAUACUCAGUGACGUGCCGAAACGAUUGUGCGAACGAGAUUACAAAGCACCUCAGCGAAUCACAUGUCGCCCCAACAACAACCAGGAAAGCUCUCAAAACAGACCGUGAUUUUGCUACAACUGUAUCAUGUGUGCAAAACGACUGGCGGCAUACUAUCUUGUGGAAUACCGGAUGCUGA